GAAACUAAACCAAAUUUGAUGAAUCAUCAUCAUUUCCAAGCAGCGGAAAACUCAUACUUCACUCGUAAUCAUCAUCAUCAAGAGAUCAAUAUGGUCGAUGAACAUGAUCCUAUGGACUUGGAUCAAAACAACAUGAUGAUGAUGAGGAUGAUCCCUUUUGAUUACCCUCCUACAGAGACUUUCAAACCUAUGAACUUCGUGAUGCCAGAUGAAAUUUCAUGUGUUUCUGCUGAUAAUGAUUGUUAUAGAGCUACGAGUUUCAACAAGACCAAACCAUUUCUUACACGAAAGUUGUCUUCUUCUUCUUCAUCAUCAUCAUGGAAAGAAAAUAAAAAGUCAACCUUAGUCAAAGGACAAUGGACUGCUGAAGAAGACAGGGUACUGAUUCAACUUGUGGAGAAGUAUGGAUUGCGAAAAUGGUCGCAUAUCGCUCAAGUGUUACCGGGAAGGAUCGGGAAACAAUGUAGAGAGAGGUGGCAUAACCAUUUGAGACCUGACAUUAAGAAAGAAACAUGGAGUGAAGAAGAAGACAGAGUGUUGAUAGAAUUUCACAAAGAGAUUGGAAACAAAUGGGCAGAGAUUGCUAAAAGACUCCCUGGAAGAACAGAGAACUCAAUCAAGAACCAUUGGAACGCGACAAAACGAAGACAGUUUUCUAAGAGAAAGUGUAGAUCUAAGUAUCCAAGACCUUCUCUAUUGCAGGAUUACAUCAAGAGCUUGAAUAUGGGAGUUUUGUCGGCUUCAUCUGUCCCUGCAAGAGGUAGACGUAGAGAGAGUAACAAGAAGAAGGAUGUUGUUGUUGCCGCGGUUGAGGAGAAGAAGAAGGAAGAAGAGAUUUAUGGACAAGACAGGAUUGUGCCUGAAUGUGUGUUUACUGAUGACUUUGGUUUCAAUGAGAAGUUGCUUGAGGAAGGAUGUAGCAUUGACUCUUUGCUUGAUGACAUUCCUCAGCCUGACAUUGAUGCUUUUGUUCAUGGAAUCUGAUUUGUACUUUUUUUUGCUUGUUUCAGUUUUGUUGUUUUUUGUUUGUCUUUUUAUACGAGACAGAUUCCACCAAACUUCAAUAAUUUGAAAAGAUAUAAAAUAUUAUGCUUUUU